AUGAACAGUGGGCAAUCACAAGAAAAGCCACCUGAUGAUAUGCCAACAGAUACUGGAAGCCCAUUAAAGUUUGGUUUAAUGUCAGCUCCACCGCUUCCAUCAGGAACAGACACUGCUGAACUUCGUACAGCUAAAGAAAUGAUUUUGCAUCAAAUUAUGCCGAACAGACUUCCUCCGAUAGGCGAGUCUCCUGCUUACAUGAGUCAUAUUUGCCCAGAUAAGCCCUCAGACACAGUAAGAAAUCCAUUAAGGAAAAUCUCUCAAUUUGACUUAUCUCCGAACUUUUCAGAUUCUUCAGAUACUUCUUCAGAUGUUUCCAUUUCAGUUUCAUCCUCAAACUCUCAGACAACUCAACAUCAAUCAAUAUCUAAGACAAGUCAUCAUUCAACAGUCGGACAAUCUGUUUCAGAGCACCAAUCCUAUUCAGAAUACUCAAACCCCACCGAAAAAUCUCACCAUUCCUAUUCAGAAUCUCAUCAUCCAACAAUUUCACAUUCUAAUGCUCCCACACAAGAUAUAUCCCGAACGAGCACUAGAAGGACCUCAAUAUAUAAUUCGGGCUCGGAAGAAAGCACUUAUUACCAAUCUACGUCCGAAUAUGAAUACGAAUCAUCUUCUACAGAUAAAAGAAAGAUGCGGAGGAUAAGUAACACCCAAACAGAGUAUACAUCAUUAUCAGAAACAGGAACUCAUACAGAAUCCAAUUCUGUGUCUGUGAACAGCAAUCCUUCAACAUUUAGUAAAAAAUCAAGAAGCUUACCCCAAGCAGCGACCCCGAAUCCACCUCAGAAAUCUCGUUGCUGCUAUAUUGCGUAA